AUGGCCGCAGCUAUCUGUAAGAUUGGCGAGUCUUUCACAGGAAGGCUAGGGAUUUAUACGCUCACGAAGCAGCUGCAGGAAUGUGUCUGGCUUGGAAGCAGCAACCAGAACCAAGAACCCAUCAUUUUCAACGCUGUUCGGCACUUCCGUCUCCAGAACGAGCGCGACGUACUACUACGUUUCCAACACCGCACCCCAUCUAUACGACCUCUACUUGAUGAGAUUGAAAACCCCCAAGCGCUCAUCCUCAAGUAUUUGGACGACGAUUUACUCCACGCUUCGCACACCAAGGGACUUAACAGACUGGAACUCAAAUAUGUUGCUAGACACGUUCUGGAGGCAUUGGACCGGCUUCAUUCCGAUGGUUUCGUUCACACAGGUGAUAUCAAGCCGAGCAAUGUGCUAGUAAAUAAUGUGAAGGAUGGGACGAUCCGCUUCAAAGACGUGCAAGUUGGCGACUUUGGGAGCACAGUCUCGCAAGACUCCCCAUAUGCCCUUAAUGGAGACCCCAUUGGGACGCCGAUGUUUCGAAGCCCCGAGGCACACAUACAAAUGAGGUGGGGCACGGCGACUGAUAUUUGGUCAUUUGGAGCGAUGUUGAUAAGCCUCAUGUACGGUGGAGGUUUUCACAUAUUCAAACCUGAUGUGCCUGCUGAUCAUGACGAAUACGACAUUAAGAUCCUUAUGAAACACCAUCAGUGCUUCGGGCCAUUCCCUAUAUCGUACGAGGAGAUUGCCAAUCAGGAUCAACUGGCGGCUUUGACGUGGGUAAUGGACAACUGCCCCAAAACAACCUUGAAGCCUUUCCGUUUCACUACCGAACGGGAAAUUUCCAGGGAGGACAGAAUGUUCAUUUACAAGAUUAUGAAAAUGGAUCCAAGAGAUAGACCAAGCGCAAGAGAGCUUUUGACGGACGCUUGGUUGUCCGAAGACUAUCUAGUAGACUUUUCCCUCCCCAGUGUAUACUGUCCCCUGCCAAUAAGCCCACCACCAACUCAACAUCGAAAACCAAAGUAA